GGAAGACGCCAUCCAAAAACUCUGCUCACAAGCUGCACACAUUUGUAGGGCAGCUCUAGGCAUUGCUGUGUGUUGCGUUUGUUUUGCCUUUUAAUAUUUGAGGAAUAGAAGAUGCCAAGCGAGGUACCGGGCCUGCAGGGAACCACAGAAGAUCAGUUGAAAGGGUGAUAAUGCGGGAUCACACAUCCGCCGUUAAUGUGGAGGAGCUGCUGAGGCACUCUCAGAUGGAGUUGCAGUGGAUCCAAAGACAGCUGGCCACCAUCACUGCCAGGAACAUACGCCAUCACCACGUGCACUCCAAGGCAAAGUCAAAGCCGGAAAUCUCAUCCCAGCUCGGCCAUUCUUUUCCAAAUGCGAGUCGCUUUCGCCUCCUGGAAGAGAGAAAUCGACUUUUAAAACAAGAAGUGGCUGCUCUUCGCCAAGAGAAGCAGCGCUACCGCAAACUGAGAGCAAAGCUCCACGCUGCCUUGCAGGAGAAAAAUCGUCUCAAUCUGCAGCUGAUUGGCCGUCACCUGAAGGCAUCCAAAUAUGACCAGGUACAGUCUGACUUCCAUCAGCUGAAAGAGACGCUUGCCGUGGUGAGUCAGGAGAGAGACGCGGCCCAACAGCAGCGUACCCAACUUCGAGGCCAAGUGGAGAACCUGGAACAGGUUCUCAAGCAUAUGCACCAGACUGUCGAGGAGAAGCAGCGGCCACAAACAGAGCAUGAGCAGGCCAAGCAGAAGGAGAUCCAUCAAUUGCAAAAGGCCCGCCUUCAAGCAGACCGUGACCAUGAGCAAGCCGUACAACUGUUAGAGGUCCAGAUUUGUGACCUGGAGCAGACAUGCGGGUCACAGAGUGAAAACUUCCAUCAUCUGUCCAAAGAGCUGCUGGAAUUCCGUUUACAAUCCCAUCCCGUGGAAAUCCUCCUAAGUAAAGCCCCCGCCAAAUCCUUCAAUUUUCUCUCGGCGGAGGAGCGGCUCCCUGAAGUUGUUGUCGGAUUUGAAAGCCAGACAGAAGCAGGCGAUGAGAGAGCGCCAAACGCACCACCACUGAACUCCAAGUUCUCGCAGUGCCCAAAGCAGACCGGAGACAGGGAUAGCACAGAUUGGCCGUCUGUCGAGUCCCGCACCGUGAAAACGGAACGCGCCAGCUGCACUCAGCGGCUGACCCCAUCAGCGAUGGAGGAUGAACCAAGCCCAUCACCCAGGUCCAAGCCUCGCUACACAGGCCAGGUCCGACUUUGCACUGCCCGAUACAGUUACAAUCCCUAUGACGGACCAAAUGAACAUCCUGAAGCAGAGCUCCCUCUUGUGGCUGGGAAGUAUCUGUAUGUGUACGGCAACAUGGAUGACGAUGGAUUCUACGAAGGGGAGCUGCUGGACGGCCAGCGAGGACUUGUCCCAUCAAACUUUGUCGAGUUUGUCCAGGACAAGGAGAAGCUGUCCAUUCAAGCCGGAGAUGGAGAAGAUCUUGGCCCGGUCGAACGUACAUCCCAAGCCUUGAUGCCCGUGGAUGGAGGUCCCGGCCAGGAUGUUCUCCUGGGCUCGGCGAACGCCUUGGUACCCUGUAGCAACGGCACGGUUGGCCCCCUGGACCCGGAGGACCUGGCUGAAGACGUUGUGCCUUAUCCCCGAAAGAUCACUCUGAUCAAGCAGCUGGCGCGAAGCGUCAUCGUAGCUUGGGAGCCUCCGGUCGUGCCUUUGGGCUGGGGGAACAUCUCCGGCUACAACGUGUUAGCGGACGGGGAGAUGCGAGCCAGCAUACAGUUUGGCGGGCGUACCAAAUGCUUACUGGAGAAACUGGACCUGGACGGAUGCGUCCACCGCGUGUCGGUACAGAGCGUCACCGACAGGGGCUUGUCGGACGAACUACGCUGCACCCUCUUAGUGGGAGCCAACGUUGUAGUGGCGCCUUGCGGCCUCCGGGUGGAUGACAUCCAGCGAGACACAGCCGAGCUCUCCUGGUUGCCUAGCAACAGCAACUACGGUCACACCGUCUUCUUGGACGGAGUGGAGCACGCGGCGUUGAAGCCGGGGAGAUACAGACUACGUUUCUUCAACUUAAAGCCGCUGACGGUGUACAAAGUGUCGGUGGUGGCACAGCCUCACCAGGUGCCAUGGCAACUGCCUUUGGAGCAGAGGGAGAGGAAGGAAGCGGGAGUGGAAUUCUGCACUCAGGCUGCAGGUCCAACACCCUAUUGCAGAACAGGUCCUCCCCUGCCUCCGCAAGAUGUGCAGGUGCUCUGUGGGCAGGCACCAGGGGUCCUACAGGUCCGUUGGAAGCCCCCCCUAUUGUCUCCGUCAGGCACGUCCAAUGGUGCCAAUGUCCUUGGCUAUGCUGUCUGCACUAAAGGACAGAAGAUUGCAGAGGUGAUGUUCCCAAUGGCGGACUACGUGACGGUGGAGAUGACGAGGAUACAGUGCCUGGAGGCCAGGGAGGUGAUAGUCCGGACGCUGUCCGCACAGGGAGAGUCGCAGGACUCCCACGUGGCCCUCAUUCCAAACAACCUGCUCGUGCCUCUACCUCCGCUUCCUCUGCCAGCGCCAAUGCACCCCCAUCCCCACGGCCAACCUCACCUUACAUCCCCUCACCACCCUCACGCCCCCCUGCAGCUUCCUGCCCCGCCCCAAGCCCACGGACAGCCGGCCCCACGCCAUCCCUACCCCCAUGCCCCGCACCCUCAACCGAGAGUCCCUCACCCAGGCGGGCCCCAACCAAACCAGAGUCGACCGCCGCACCCUCAUCCGCAACAGCCCCUGCACCUCCACCAAGGUCCCAGGCCCCAGCACCGACUGCCUCUGCAGCCCCACGCCCAUCCCCACCCCGUACCUCAGAGACCAGUAAGUGCCAGAGACCUGGAUGCCAAAGAGCAAGCCGCCCACCACGGAGCUGCCGUCCCGCCCGGUUGGGACCUUGCACGCUCCCCUUCGUCCCAGCCGCCCAUACCCAUGCAGGGCCACACCCUUGAGCCCCCUCCCCCUGGCAAUCCACGUUGCCCCUCCCCUCAGAGGAUUCUACCACAACCGAGAGGCACUCUUAUCCCAGACAACGUGGCCAAAGCCAUCGCCCGGGAAGCGGCGCAGAGGGUGGCGGCGGAGAGCGGCAAGGGGGACCGGAGACCUGUUAGCUACGGUGAACAGGGUCAGUCCUUUCACCAGCAUCACUCUGAUGAAGACGAGGAAGACGAAGAAGGGUUCCCACGUCGCCGCCGACGAGGACCUUCGGUCGACGAGUUCCUCCGAGGCUCUGAGCUAGGAAGGCCGCCUCACUAUAGUCACAAUGAAGAUUAUCACAGCGAGAGCAGCCGCGGCUCUGACCUGUCUGACAUCAUGGAAGAGGAUGAGGAGGAGCUGUACUCAGAGAUGCAGCUGGACGAGGGACGCCGACGCAACUCGCACAACACACCCAAGUCAAACACUCCCUCUAGAGGCCGUCACGACCGGGAGGGCGGGCGAAAGAUUCAUCACGGUGGCUCGCAGCCUCAGAGACGACCUCUGAUGGUCCCUGCCAUCGAAGUAACCUUUGAGAAUAACAGUGAGGGAAACAUCACGGAGAACUAUGGCAGAGUAGCUCGGUUCAGGACCGGGUCUUCCCGCAGGCACGGGGGCGGCACCAGGUCUCCCCAGGAUGGCUACAGGGAUCGUCACUCUCCCACCUACUUUGAUGAGUCGGAGCCAGAGGAGGCCUUUCGGGUAUUUGUGGCGCUCUUCGACUACGACCCUCUGUCCAUGUCCCCUAACCCAGACGCGGCCGAUGAAGAGUUGCCCUUCAAAGAGGGACAAAUCAUCAGGAUAUUUGGUGAUAAAGACACCGACGGGUUCUACCGAGGAGAAGUAAGAGGCAGGAUGGGGCUGAUUCCGUGUAACAUGGUGUCCGAGAUACGAGCGGAGGAUGACGAAACUAUGGAUGAACUCAUCAAACAAGGCUUCCUACCUCUCAGCACCCCGGUGGACCGAUUAGAGCAGAACAGAAGAGGCCUCCGUCGAGGUGAGGCCUCCAGGAGGAUGGUGGCAUUGUAUGACUAUGACCCCCGAGAGAGCUCGCCGAAUGUUGACGUUGAGGCUGAGCUGACCUUCUGCACCGGUGACAUCAUCGCAGUAUUUGGUGAUAUCGAUGAAGACGGCUUCUAUUAUGGUGAGAUCAACGGCCACCGCGGUCUGGUUCCCUCCAACUUCCUGGAAGAAGUGCCUGACGACGUGGAGGUGUAUCUGACCGAUACGCCCUCCAACUUCCCCCCCGAGGAGCCCGCCAACCGGCUCCCCGCCAACUCUGCCGCCAGCGUCCCGGAGGGCAAACGGGUACACCAUCACCAUCGCCGCUCUCAGCGCUAAGGCCCUGUUGCUCAUCCAUUGCCCCCCUCUCCUCUCUUUGAUUUCCGUCUCUCGCUUGCUCCACGUGUGUGUGCCUCCAUCGUGUGUGUUUCUUGUCCGUGUGGUGGCUGUGGUGACCGACUAACAACCCUCCCCCCUCCCCCUUCCUGCUCUGUCACCGUCGGGAACAAGGGGGCGACCAAAACCAAAAACAAUCGAGUGUAACACCUUUCUGAGUCUCAGAGAAAGGAAGAAGCAAAGCCUGACGUGGACAGAGAGAGAGAGAGAAUAGACUCUGCGGGGGGAUGGGGAGGGGGACGGGGGGGUUCUUGCAUGCUUGAGGACUCAUUCCUUCCAUUUGUACCUCUUUGCACUGAAACACAAAAAUCUCAUUGUGGUUAUUGUGUAUGGCAACAAUAAUGACAAGUGCUUUAAUAACACCUACACUGAACAACAAAAAAAUAUCAUUGGAGAACAAAAAAACAAAAAGCAUGCCUUUUUCAUACAGUUCCAUUUUCUAAUGACUCUUGACUGUUGUGUUUCCCGAAAAGAGGCUUUGUUUCUUUUGUGUAUGUUGCACACACAUCAAUCUAUUUUUCAGCUCUGUUUUGAGGCCAAAAUUAACGGAAGCACAUCCCGACUGUAUUGUUACAAAGGAACAAUAAAAGAAAUGAGAAGAAAGAGA